AUGAGAAAUGAAGAAGAAACAACGGAAAAUAUCCUUGCUACUUCUCACAAUAUUAAUAAUAAUAAUAAUCGUAGUAAUAAUCACCUUCACUACAAAUCGUCGACACCUGCUGUUGAUUAUUCAAGUUUAGACGCAUUUCUAGACGGAUCACUUUUAGAACAAGGCGGCAAUAUGUCUCGAACUACUAAAGAAUGGCGAUCAUCAUUUUCAACAGUGCGGGAUCGUUUUGGUAAUCAAUCGUCAAUGUCAUCUAAUCAGAAUGCGUUGAAUAACCAUUAUUUUACCACUAAUGGUUCAGUAAGAAUGUCACCCAAAAGGGAACUAGUCAAGUCUGCUAGUCAAGGAAGUCUCAUUACAGAUAAGCCGACCGAAAAACAGCGCUCACUGCUUGCAAAUGCUGUUGAACACAGAAGAGCCGCUGAAGCACCCGAUUUAAGACGUCCUACAUCACGUCGAGAUUUAGGAGAUUUUUGGACGGAAACUAUAGAAAAUCGUUCAGUAGUGCCACGUGCCCUUUCACCUUUGACUGCAGCACAACGAAUGGAGAUGCUACAUGAAACGAUAAAUGAAUGUGAUACAAGUGGAUCAGGUCGCCGUCGCCUUUCUGCUGCAAGUCUAGCGACACGUAAAGCAAAUUUCCUUAAAGAAGCUGUAAAAGGAACAACUUCACUGAUGGAUCGCGUUAUUAGCGGUAGAUCAACACCAAUUACUUCGAUAGUCAACUCAAAUCAACCUCCAAACACAUACGAGAAAAAAGAAUCGAGGUUGAUCAUUCAAGGUGGCAAUAAUUUGCUCGUGAAUAAACCUGAUUUCGCCGCUCUAGACAGCGCUGUAGCAGAGCUCAACGGUGGCCAAUAUACAAAUACUCGUCGUAGUGGAUGUGCACAAUUUCCUACAAAUGACCUGUCAUUGUUCGGGAAUAACGAAGCGCAAGUCUCAUCAAUGAGCAGUAUUGUUGCGUUUCAUAGUCCAAGUCCUGAAGCUCUAAGUGAUACAAGCUCAAACAGUGGUGCCCCUAGUGGAUUACCGCACCCAAAACCAAAACACAAUAUUCGUGAGCAAUUAAUCCAAGCUGGAUUGGAACCACGUGGAACCGCUAUAUAUGUGAACCGCAGUGGUGUUCGUUUUGGAAGCAGCCCAAACUUCCCGGUACCUUCCAGUAAUAACGUUGCAUCGAGAAUUUCAGAAUUUGAAAAAAAACCAGGAGCACCGAAUUUGUUACAAAUUGCAUGCGCAUUAAAUAGCAGCGAGCGUCAGAAAAUUGAUGUUUCUCCAAUCAGAUCACCGUUAGGCCCCAUGUCUCCACGAUCAUCUGUGUACCGCACAAAGCCAGUAAUUCACGCAGACAUGACUGGUACCUCGCAACGUGGAAUUACUCUAUCGAUCAACUCAGAAUCUGUUUUUCAGUUUCCACCAUUCAGUCAAUCUGUCGAAACUAAGAAUAGACAUGAAGUUCGGACUUUAAAUGUCUAA